AUGGACAAAGCUUUGCUGACACGCGCUACAAGCAAAGAUGAUACGCCAACACCCGGUUAUCUUUACGGGGAAAUUGCACGCAUGACACAACACAGCUAUGAAACAUGUUCCAAGGUGCAAGAUUUCCUUUUAAAUCGCGUAAAGAACAAGCAUCACACCAUCAAAUACAAGGCACUGCAAGUUAUUAAACAUGUUUGUCGUGAGGGGCGUGUUGACUUUAAGCGAGAGAUGCAGCGGCACAUCCCUGCUAUCAAAGAAUGUCUGCAGGUUCGUGGCAUGCCUGACCCAUUAAAAGGUGACGAAUAUUAUCGUCGCGUUCGGGAUGCGGCAAAAGAGGUACUAGACGCUAUCUAUGACACGGACAACACACCUGGACUAGGCGGAUUGGGUAUGUCGGCCCGCAUUCAGGGCGUUGGGGUUAACCCAAAUGACAAUAAUGCAGGUGGAAAUUCUGGCUGGAGCUCCAAAAUCUGGGGUGGAAAGAACUCAAACGACAGCUCGCUGCCUCCUCCGCCGAUGGCCGGCCCACCCACUGGCGGAUUUAAUGGAGCUGCACCUCCAGGAGCUCCGUAUGGAUACCCGACAGACCCAAAUCAGGGUACCUAUGGUGGUCCACAACCUUACGGUCGUCAAUUACCUUACGGUCAGCAACAACCAGAUUUCUCUAAUCCAGGAUCGUAUGGAGGCCCUGGUGCUGGCAAUCCGCCGUACGGUGGAGCUCCACCGCUUCAGUAUGGUGGUUUUUGUUAUGGUGCGACGGUUCUAGGGAAUCCUGAUAGGUAA